AUGACGGUGCUGCUCUCGUCGGUGGCGAACAGGACUCGCUGGGAGAUGUCGCCGUACUUUAGCACAGACGAACACGACACGUGCCUGAGGCGAAGGCGAAGAACGCGGCGUCAGCGCGAAGGCGUGGAUGAGGACGCGUUGUCGCAGUCGUCGUGUGGCGCUGCGUUGCCAUCUGUCGAGGUGCGCCGCCGUGAAAUCUUCCUGGAGCGCGUGCACGCGCUUCUCGCACGCCAGAGCCUGCUCGCGCUGCACCACCGUCAGAAGCAGCACACCACUCGCCAGCAGCGCGCCGUGGACUGUUAUAUCAACGCGCAGGCAGCGCAGACGAUGCGGUACCUUCUGCUCUUCCUCGGUUUCGUGAUGGCGACGGCGGCGGCGUUGUGUUUGUUUGGCUUGCUUCAUGUGGAGGCGAUCCGCGACAGUUAUUCCACGUGA